AUGACAGCGUUUUACUGGUACAGGCAAAGUGCUGGAGAUUCUCUGAAAUUAAUACGGAUGCCGCAGAAAACAUCCCAGUAUGAACCUGAACCACCUACCUCACGAUUCAGUGCAACAUACACUGAGAACAGUAGUAAUCUUACAAUUUUCACAACAGUUGAAGAGGAUGAAGGAAUGUAUCACUGUGCUCACAGGGACUGGCAGGAAAUUACCUGGAGUGGGACUUAUUUGUCAAUAAAAGGAAACUCUGAGAGGGAAUCAAGCUACACAGUUGUUCAGCGGCCAACAUUGCCUGAUCCAUCCCAUAAAGCAGACUCAGACACUCUGCAGUGUUCACUCCUCUCUGACUCUGAGAUCCCAACCUGUUCAGCAGAGCCCAGUGUGUUCUGGUUCAGAGCAAGCUCAGUAAAGUCUUUCCCUGAUAUUAUCUACACGGAUGGAAAUGGAUUUGAAAACUGUGAGAAGACAUCUGACUCUCAGAAGAGAUGUGUUUACAAUUUCUCUAAGAACGUCAGCUCCUAUGAUGCUGGGACGUAUUACUGUGCUGUGGCCACAUGUGGACGGAUACUCUUUGGAAAUGGAGCUGAUCUUCAAAUGGAUGAAGCAUUUGAAAUCAAGAUGCUGGUGGUUACAGUUAUCUGCCUGAUAAUUUCUGUGAUUAUUAAUAUAAUUUUCAUCUGUUGCCAAACACAAAGAUGUGCAUAUCAACAAUAUAAAGAAAGAUCUUCACAGAGAGGACAUAACUUUGGCCAGAGAAGGGAUGAUAUAGCUGAAGAUGGACCAGAUCUGAACUACGCUGCGUUACAUUUCUCUGAAGGGAGAGCAUCAAGAGGAAAGAAGAGAACAGAGUUGAUGACUGAAAGUUUGUAUUCACAAGUUAAAGGAUAAUUUUUAAUGUGUGUUUUUGUAACAUGUACAGCACACUUAAACUGCUACAUUUAUUCAUACAUGCAAAUUGUGGAUACAAAUUU